UUGAGAGAGAAAUGUUGCCUGAGGGAGUCCAAGCUGAAGAGAACCAAAAACUACAGACACUUCGGAGAAAUGACUGGGACCUUGGCAAGACCACAGACAGAUUCUAAUGGCCAGCAACUUCUUUACUACCAUGCCUGCUACCAACGACAGGUGGCCUGAAGAAUUUGGUUUUAAGAUCGGCGGAAACGGUCCUUGCUAUAUCUUGGCUGUGGAAGAAGGCAGCAGUGCCCAGCUGGCCGGCCUCCAACCGGGAGACCAGAUCCUGGAGAUAGAAGGGCAGCAUGUUUCAUCCAUGAGCUGUGAGGCUCUUGUCGCCCUGGCAAGGCAGUGCGAGAAUGUACCCCCCAGCAUCGGUGUGGUCUCCCGCAUCCAGCAGGUGGAUGUCAAACCAGGACAGGAGGGACGCUUCGGGUUCACUUUGAUGUGCAAUGGAGGCUGCCCCUUGCAGGUGGAGAGCGUGGCUCCUGACUCACCUGCCUCCGAAUGCGGGAUCAAAGCUGGAGACUACAUCCUGGAAGUCAACGGGACCCCCGUGAAGCUUUAUGAAGAGGCGGCUGCCAUGAUCCAUUCCUCCCAGGAACAAGGCCUCCAGCUGGGGCUCGUACGGCUUGGGCGGUUCCAGAGGUGGGCCAACAGCAACGUGCGGGAAUUUGUCCAGAGUGCUGAUGCCAUCCAUCAGGAGAGGAGACAGAAGGCUCAAGAAUUUAGCAAGAAGGUGCAGGAGAUCCUGAGUGACCAGCCAGAAGUAAAAGAGAAGAUGUUCACCAUCCUAAAGCAGUAUGCUGCAGAAAGGAAGGUUGACUACUUGGCUUAUGCCCUUUCCAUGAUUCUCACCAAAGACUCCCACCAGCUCCUCAUAGAAAAUAUCAGGAUCUUCAUCCCCAGGAAGCACCGCCAGCACUUUGAUGAAGUGGUCUCCCAGAGCCUCAUCAGCAAGCUGUGCCGUGCCAAGAGCGAGCAGCCCGCCAGCCGGCUGAGACGCAGCCGCAGCGAGGACCACCACGAACGCCUGCUGGUCUCCACCCGCGCCAGUUCGGUGCCACGCAGCCACGAGGAGAAGUGCAAGGCUCUGCGCAAGACCACCUCCCUGGUGGCCAGCAACGUGGGCUCCGGGGCGGCGCGCAGGACCGUUCGUGUCUACAAAGGCAGCAGGAGCUUUGGCUUCACAUUGCGUGGACAUGCACCUGUGUGGAUCGAGUCAGUCUUGCCUGGCAGUCCGGCUGACAAAGCAUCCCUGAGACCUGGAGACAGAAUCUUGUUCCUGAACGGCCUGGAUAUGAGGAACUGUUCCCACGAGAAGGUCGUGUCCAUGCUCCAGGGCAGCGGGGCAAUGCCCACCCUCGUGGUUGAAGAAGGCAUUGUCAGCUUUUCAGGUGACUGCAAGUCGUCAGAGACGCCCAGCUCCUCCUCCUCCUCCUCAGCGCUCACCUCCUUGCAGUGGGUUGCAGAGAUCUUGCCCUCCAGCAUCAAGAUCCAGGGGAGGACCUUCCACCAACAGCUGGAGCACCUGCUCACACCGCCGGAGCGUUACACCAUCUGCAAAGCACUGGAGAGCUUCUUCCAGCACAGGAACAUUGACACGCUCAUCGUGGACGUGUACCCUGUCCUGGACACACCCUCCAAGCAGGUCAUCUGGCAGUUCAUCUACCAGCUGCUGACCUAUGAGGAGCAAGAGCACUGCCGGCAGAAGAUUGCCAGGUUCCUGGGCUACAAGUCGGCUGCAGCGGAAACAGAGGCUGAAGAACGGCACCGCAGCUCCCUACGGGCAGCCCCAGCGUGCCUGCGAAGCGUUCAUGGCCACACCCCUGAAGACAGUGGGGCCGGAGGUCCCGAUGAAGCUCCUGAGGUGGUCGUCCGUUUAGCUCCUGGGGAAAGGCAAGCAGGAGACGGGACUUCCCUCCCAGAGACACCCAACCCCAAAAUGAUGUCGGCUGUCUAUGCAGAACUGGAAACCCGCCUGACCACUGGCUUUGCAGGGAAGCUGAGCAGCUUAGCCGUGCACCGCGCGUCUCCUCCAGUUCCAGAGCAAGCAAACCCAGCAGGUGCACGGAAGACGGGCCUGACCAUCUCCUGGCAGAAGGACGCCUCCCCUGCCCAGCCCUGCUUUUACCACUCGCAUGGCGGCCUCCCUUCCCCCAGCAGCACAGAAUCCAACCCCUACGUCAGCCUGGACAGCAGCCCGGCCCCUUCCCCCAAGCACAUCGGCUAUGGGCUGAGCCCACUGUCUCGGAGGAAGAAGCUCUUCACGUUCUCCCGCCCCCCACGCAGCCGGGACACGGACCGCUUCCUGGAUGCGCUGAGCGAGCAGCUGGGGCACCGGAUCACCAUCGUGGAUGAGUUCCUCACGCCUGAGAACGAUUACGAGGAGAUGAGUUUCCAUGAUGACCAGGGCAGCUACGUCACCAACGACAUGAGCAGCGCCAGCGAGGACCUCAGUAGCAGCGAAGGCAGCUCCUUGACCUACUCCACCCUGUCUGACCACGUCCCGCCCCCGCCCAUCAGCCCCCCGCCACCCCCGCCGCCUCCCCAGUUCCAUGCUCCCACUGAGGAGUACAGGAACACCGAGGCUGGGAGGCCCCCCUCCUCCUCCUCUUCCUCCUCGUCUGCCCAUCCCAACCCGCUGUCUGGUCACCCCCACCCAGCCCCCCCUCCCCCUCCCCCACCCCCUCCCCCGCCAGUACCCUGUGUGCCUCGGGGAAUCAUCCACCGCAGGAGCGAGUCCAACCACAUGAGCGUCAAACGGCUGCGCUGGGAGCAGGUGGAAAAUUCGGAAGGCACAAUCUGGGGGCAGCUUGGCGAGGACUCGGACUACGACAAGCUGAGUGACAUGGUCAAGUACCUUGACCUGGAGCUGCAUUUUGGAACCCAGAAGCCAGCAAAGCCAAGCCCUUUGCCAGAGUCUUUUAAAAAGAAAGACGUGGUUGAGAUUCUGUCACACAAAAAGGCCUAUAACACAUCCAUCCUGAUUGCUCAUCUCAAGCUGUCACACCUUGAGCUGCGCCGGACUCUCAUGACCAUGGAGAGCGGCCGCCUGGAGGCCUCUCACAUCAAGCAGCUCCUCCUGUACGCGCCGGACGCUGAGGAGGUGCAGCAUUACCACAGCUACCAGGGAAACCCCAGCAAGCUGAGCGAGCCCGAUCAGUUCGUCCUGCAGAUGCUUUUGCUUCCCGAGUACAAAACCCGGCUGCGCAGCCUUCACUUCAAGACCACCCUGCAGGAGAAGACGGAGGAGAUUGCCGCCAGCUAUGAGUGCAUCUACAAGGCCUCCCUGGAACUGAAGAACAGCAAGAAACUGGCAAAAAUCUUAGAGUUUGUGCUGGCCAUGGGGAACUACCUGAACCACGGGCAACCAAAGGCCAACAGAACGACUGGCUUCAAAAUCAACUUCCUCACUGAGCUGAACACGACCAAGACAGUAGAUGGGAAGUCAACCUUCCUGCACAUUCUUGCCAAAUCGCUGAGCCAACAUUUCCCAGAACUCCUGGGCUUUGCCAAGGACCUACCCACGGUGCCACAUGCUGCCAAAGUGAAUCAGAGAACAUUAACAGCUGACCUCAAUGACCUUCAUACCACCAUCACCGAGAUUGCGAUUGCCUGCCAGAAUAUGGUGCCUUCCCCCGAGGACAGAUUUGCAACUGUGAUGGACGCCUUCCUGGAAAGUGCUCAUCCCACCAUAGAGUCUCUGAGUGACCUUCAGCACAAAGCCAUGGAGGAGUUUGGCAAAGUCUUGUCUUUCUUUGGGGAAGACUCCAAAGUCACAACCUCCGAAGCGUUCUUUGGCAUUUUCGCCGAGUUUAUGAGCAAGUUUGAGCGCGCCUUCAGCGACGUCCAGGCCGGCGAGCCCCAGCGCAGCCCCCGCGUGACCCCGCCUCUGGCCUGGGAAAGGACGCUGCUCGUGGCGGUGCUGGAGAAAACGCCUCUGCAAGCGGCUGCCUGCGGGGAGGACGGCCCCUGGCUCGGCCAAGCCUCCCGCGGACCGCCCGAGGGCCGGGGCGCUUCUCGCCCGCGCUCGGGACGGGCGUUCUGGGGCCAGCGGAGCCUCGGGCGGCGACUGGAGACCCAAGAGAGGCGCGCAGGACGGCGCUGCCCCCUCCCCGGGCCUAAGGGCUGUGCUGAGGGUUUCGCUUGGCUUUUCAGCGAGGCGCAGCGGAGCCCGAGCGCGGCGUUGGGCGUCAUGCGCCCCGCUCCUGCCCGGCGCGGGCUGGCAGCGCUGAGCGCAGCGGCGCAGGAGCGGACCCGCAGGCAGGAGCGUGGCGGUGAGUCUCCUUGCUGCUCCCUGGACGGCUGCGGUGGGGCUGCGGGGGGCUCACGAGAUGCAACCAGAGCGGGCAGAGGCGCGGGGCCGGCUUGGCGAGCCUGGCCCGGGGCCGGCUUGGCGAGCCUGGCCCGGGGCCGGCCGCCGCCGCCGCCUCUACGGCCUCCUUCCACCGCCAGCAGGGCUGUUCUCGGCAAAGAACCGCCUCCGCCCCGGCGCACCCGCUUGGCCCAACCAGCAAAGGGCUUGUGCCAAAGGAACGCCGAGGCGCGAGGCUAUGAUGAGAAGCCACCGAGCCCCGACCCACCUCUCCACGUGCCCAAGGCCCGGGAAGGAGGCCUGCUGAUGGAGCGGAGGAAGCCGAGCGGGGGCGAAGUCGCAGCAGCCCCCGGCCCCGAGCCUUGCGGCCCUCCCCACCCAGCUGCAGAUGGGACCCUCCAGGCCGGGCGGCUUUCUUGGACAAGCCCCCAAGGUGGAUGCUUGGCUCGCCGAGGCAACGGGAACGGACCGGCAUCCGCCCUGGUUUGGGCCAGGACGCCUGGCCGGCACGGGGAGCAGCAGCAGUUCCUUGUGCCGGAGGCCGUGGCCAGGAUGGCUGCUCGGUUUGGGGGCACGUGGCCCUUGAGAAGAGGCUGGCCCUUGCCUUGCUCGGUCGCGGGGCGGUUCCCAUCGCCCGCUGGCCGGAACUCUUAG